CCUCCCCUCCCUUUUCAUCAUGGCUGCUGUGUCUACUCUCUCAAGUAACGCUCAGAUUGGACACUGACUCGAUUUCUACCUUUUUAGUGUCUCUUUAACUUUUGGUGUAUACAUCAACUGUCGCUUGGAUGCAAAUCCCGUUCUCCACCUUCCCCUGCUCUCAUUCAGUGGGAUAACCUUCACCAAUCACUCCCUCCACUGGGCCUUUUUUAUCCCCAAAAACAACCAGCCAGCAACAACAGCUUCCAGUGCAAUGGUGUGACUCAGUGGUUCUCCCCUUGAUGAACAAUGUGUGAAAACUGCGCCGAGCUGGUGGAGGUUUUAAAUGAAAUAUCGGAUGCAGACGGCAGUGAAGGAGGCUUCCAGCUAAAGAAGGAACAUGCCCUGCGAGUGCUGGGAUACAUCAGCUCCUGGACACAGAGACAAUGCCUCUGCUGCUUCAAGGAGUACAAGCACCUGGAGGUGUUCAACCAGCUGGUGUACGCCCUCAUCAACCUGGUCAUCGCUCAGAUCAGCAGCCUGAGAGACCGCCUCUGCUGCGUCCAGGAUCAAACACAUAAAGGAGGCCUGUGUGGGGCGGAGGGGGGGUCUGAAUGGAGCGAGGCUGCACCCGGACCCCUCCCUCAGCCCUCCUCACCGGGUGAAGAUGAACCCGUGAACGUGGAGAGAGACUCUGCAGAAGAAGACGCCGAAACAUCUGACCAGAAUCAGAAUAAGAUCCAGGGUCAGGGGCCCAGCCAGCCGUGUGAAGCCCAGAUGGAAGCACUGGGGCCUGGGGAGAGUGGCAGUGCUGCUGGGGGAGGUGAUGGAGGAGCUGAUGGAGGAGCUGAUGGAGGAGCUGAUGGAGGAGUUGGAGGUAGCAGUAGCAGUGAUAUCCAGGAUCCAUUCAGCUCCUGGAGCACAGAGGAGAGGGAGAAACUGCUGCUGUGUGCCGCCAAGAUCUUCCAAAUCCAGUUCCCCCUCUACACCGCCUACAAACACAACACACACCCCACUAUAGAGGACAUAUCUGCUCAUGAAAGCAACAUCCUGGGCUCCUUCUGCGACAUGAACGACGUGGAGGUUCCUCUGCACCUGCUGCGCUACGUCUGUCUGUUCUGUGGGAAGCACGGCCUCUCGCUGAUGAAGGAGUGUUUUGAGUCGGGGACCCCGGAGAGUCUCCCCUUCCCCAUCGCACACGCCUUCAUCACCAUCGUCUCCAACAUCCGAAUAUGGUUGCACAUUCCCGCGGUCAUGCAGCACAUCAUCCCGUUCCGCACCUAUGUAAUACGGAGUCGAUGCAGGGCAGCUCUGACGAGACGGCCAACAGUGUGGAGGAGGGCAGCAGCGGGCCGGGCAGCAGCAGCGGCCGCAGCGAAGCCUCCAGCAACGAGGCCGCCUCCUCCAGAGCCAGCCAAUCAGCAGGGAGCCCCGGCAGCGAGAUGCACUCUGACGACAUGGCCGACAGCGAGGCCCUCAAAGAGGAGGAAGAGGAGGAGGAGGAUGACGACGAGGAAGACGACGAGGACGACGACGAUGAUGAUGACGAUGACGACGAAGACGAGGGGAAUCGGUCGGCUGCUGAAGGCGGGAAUCAUCAAAAAGAACAGAGGGAGCAGACUGAGUCCAGGAAGAGGAAAGCGGGGGAGGCUCUCGGUGAAGGCACGAGCCAGGGGGCGGGGCCUAGCGGUUCAGGAGGCGCGGCCAAAUCUAAAAACCUCCCUUUCAACCCGGAGACAUCUUCUGCUGCCGUCAUGGCGUCUGCGUCUCUGGAGGGCCGGAUGAGGAUGCUGGACGCGUGUUCUGCGUCUACGUCUGCUCGGCCCGAUGUGACGGAGCCUCAGCAGCCGGAGAUCGGACCCUCUCAGAUGGUUCAGGGUCCUCAGGGUUCUCAGGAGCCUCCAUGUCUGCCUCGGGGGCCCGGGGACUUCCUGGGGGACGCCAUGGGCAACGAGAUCUUCAACUGCCGGCGCUUUAUUGGCCCCCAGCACCACCACCAUCACCAUCAUCACCACCACCACCAUGAAGGUCCGAUGGUGGAGGACAUGCUGAGCGCUGACGAUGUGUCCUGCAGCAGCUCUCAGGUCAGCGCCAAGUCGGAGAAGAACAUGGCCGACUUCGAUGGAGAGGAGUCGGGCUGCGAGGAGGAGCUGGUGCAGAUCAACUCCCACGCUGAGCUCAGCUCUCACCUCCAGCAGCACCUCCCCAACCUCGCCUCCAUCUACCACGAGCACCUGGUGCAAGGGCCAGCCGUCCAUAAGCACCAGUUCUCCAACAGCCACGCUGUGACCGACAUCAACCUGGACAACGUCUGCAAGAAGGGAAACACGCUGCUGUGGGACCUGGUGCAGGACGACGACGCGAUCCAUCUGUCUGAGGGUCUGAUCAACGAGGCGGAGAAGUUGCUCUGUUCUCUCGUCUGCUGGUUCACUGACAGACAGAUCCGGAUGCGCUUCAUUGAGGGUUGCCUUGACAACCUGGCUCACCACAGGUCUGUCGUUGUUUCCCUGCGUCUACUACCCAAACUUUUCGGCACUUUUCAGCAGUUUGGCUCCAGCUACGACACUCACUGGAUCACCAUGUGGGCAGAGAAGGAGCUGCACAUGAUGAAGCUGUUCUUCGAUAACCUGCAGCACUACAUCCAGGAAGUCCGGGAACACCGGCACAAGUUUGCACUGUACAGCCACAGUGCGGAGGUCCAGGUCCGUCUGCAGUUCCUCACCUGCGUCUUCUCCACACUGGGAUCACCCGACCACUUCAGGCUGAGUCUGGAGCAGGUGGACAUCCUGUGGCACUGCCUGGUAGAAGACGCUGAAUGUUACGACGACGCUCUGCACUGGUUUCUCAAUCAGGUCCGCAGCAAGGACCAGCAUGCAAUGGGCAUGGAGACCUACAAACAUCUGUUCCUGGAGAAGAUGCCCCAGCUGAAACCAGAGACCAUCAGUAUGACCGGCCUCAACCUCUUCCAGCACCUGUGUAACUUAGCGCGCCUCGCCACCAGCGCACUGGACAACGCCUCCAGCUGUGAGCUGUGUGGGAUGGACCAGCUGUGGGGCAUCGCUCUGAGAGCUCAGUCUGCAGAUAUCAGCCGCGCCGCCAUCCAGUACAUCAACUCCUACUACAUCAACGCGGGAAAGACGGGGCUGGAGAAGGAGCAGGAGUUCAUCAGGAAGUGUAUGGAGAGUCUCCUGCUGGCCUCAGCCAACCUGGAGAAGGACGCCCACUCCAGCCUGACGAGCAUCGAGAGGGGGCUGCUGAUGCUCAAAACUCACCUGGAGGCCUUCAGACGCAGGUUUGCGUACCACCUGAGGCAGUGGCAGAUCGAGGGCACGGGGAUCAGCAGCCACCUGAAGGCUCUGAGCGACAAACAGUCCCUGCCUCUGAGGAUCGUCUGCCAACCGGCAGGACUUCCUGACAAGAUGACGAUCGAGAUGUACCCGAGCGACCAGGUGGCAGACCUGCGAGCGGAGGUGACUCACUGGUACGAGAACCUGCAGAAGGAGCAGAUGAACCAGCAGGCUCAGCUGCAGGAGUUCGGACAGAGCGGCCGGCAGCCCGCAGACUUCCCAGGAGGUCUGAUGGGUCCGGUCCGGAUGAUCUCCUCCGGCCACGAGCUGACCACCGACUACGACGAGAAGACUCUGCACGAGCUCGGCUUCAAAGACAUGCAGAUGGUGUUCGUGUCUCUGGGCGCUCCUCGCAGGGAGAGGAAGGGGGAGGGCGUGCAGCUGCCGGCCUCCUGCCUGCCCCCCCCCCAGAAGGAGCACAUCCCCAUGCUGCUCCUCCUGCAGGAGCCGCACCUCACCACGCUGUUUGACCUGCUGGAGAUGCUGGCCUGCUUCAAACCUCCCAACCCCAACACGGAGAAGCUCAACGAAAACCCAGAGAGUGCACGGUGUGAGGAGCUUCACCUCCACGCAGAGAAUCUGUCCCGGCGGGUUUGGGAGCUGCUGAUGCUUCUUCCUACAUGUCCCAAGAUGCUUCAGGCCUUCCAGAACAUCUCAGACGACACGAAUGGGGAGGGUCUGUGCUGGAAGGAGCUCCUGAGGAUCAAAAGCCCCCACAAGCUGCUCUACGCUCUGGAGAUCAUCGAGGCUCUGGGAAAACCCAACAGACGCAUCCACCGAGAGUCCACUGGCAGCUACAGCGAUCUUUAUCCAGACUCUGACGACUCCAGCGAGGAUCAGAUAGAAAACAGCAAGAACACCUGGAGCUGCAAGUUCGUCUCCUCUGGAGGUCUGCAGCUUCUCCUGGAGAUCUUCAACUCGGGCAUCCUGGAGCCCAAAGACCAGGAGUCCUGGACUGUGUGGCUGCUCGACUGCCUCGCCUGCCUGCAGAAGUUGAUCUGUCAGUUUGCCGUGGACCCAGCUGAUCUGGACCUGGCGUACCACGACGUCUUCUCCUGGUCCGGCCUCGCAGACAGUCAGCGCAAACGAGCGUGGCCGGGGAAAUCACGCAAAUCCACCGUGGAGCACGGGAAGGGUCUGCACAUCCCUCGACUCACUGAGGUGUUCCUCAGCCUGGUUCAGGGUACUAACCUCAUCCAACGCUUGAUCAACGUGGCCUACACCUACGACAACCUCGCACACAGAGUUCUUAAGGCUCAGUCUGACCACAGGUCUCGUCAUGAAGUGACCCACUACUCCAUGUGGCUGCUGGUCAGCUGGGCCCACUGCUCCUCCACUGUGAAGUCCAGUCUGGCCGACAGCGACCAUCUUCACGACUGGCUGAAGAAACUCACGCUGCUGGUGCCUGAGCCGGCGGUGAGACACGAGGCGUGUAACGGCCUCUACAAGCUGUCUCUGUCGGGGCUGGAGAGCGGAGAGUCCAUCAACAGAUCCUUCCUGCUGCUCGCCGCCUCCACGUUGCUCAAGUUCCUGCCCGACGCUCAGGCCCUCAAACCACUCAGGGUGGAGGACUAUGAGGAGGAGCCUCUGCUGAAGACGGGCUGUAAGGAAUACUUCUGGCUGCUCUGCAAACUCAUCGACAACAUCCACGUUAAAGACGCCAGCCAGACGACGCUGCUCGACCUGGACGCUCUCGCUCGACACCUCGCUGACUGCAUCCGGAGCCGUGAGAUCCUGGACCAGCAGGACGGGAUGAUCGAAGACGACGGGUUGACCGGCCUCCUGCGUCUCGCCACCAGCGUCCUCAAACACAAACCUCCCUUCAAGUUCUCGCGCGAGGGUCAGGAGUUCCUGCGCGACGUGCACAACCUCCUCUUCCUCCUGCCCAGCCUGGCAGACCGCGCUCAGCCCAAAUGUAAAUCGCACGCCGCCCGGGCCGCCGCCUACGACCUGCUGGUGGAGACGGUGAAGGGAUCCGUGGAAAACUACCGGCUGCUGCACAACUGGGUCAUGUCCCAGCACAUGCAAGCUUCUCACGCUCCGUAUAAGUGGGACUACUGGCCCCACGACGAUGUUCGGGCCGAGUGUCGCUUCGUGGGUCUGACUAACCUCGGGGCCACGUGUUACCUGGCCUCCACCAUCCAGCAGCUCUACAUGAUCCCCGAGGCGCGGCAGGCCGUGUUCACCGCCAAGUACGCUGAGGAUAUCAAACACAAGACCACGCUGCUGGAGCUGCAGAAGAUGUUCACAUAUCUCAUGGAGAGCGAGAGGAAGGCGUACAACCCUCGUCCGUUCUGUAAAACGUACACGAUGGACAAACAGCCGCUGAACACCGGCGAGCAGAAGGACAUGACGGAGUUCUUCACCGACCUCAUCACCAAGAUCGAGGAGAUGUCCCAGGAGCUGAAAAACACAGUGAAGACUCUGUUCGGAGGCGUCAUCACCAACAAUGUGGUCUCUCUGGACUGCGACCACGUCAGUCAGACCGCAGAGGAGUUUUACACGGUCAGAUGUCAAGUGGCGGACAUGAAGAACAUCUACGAAUCUCUGGAUGAAGUGACGAUAAAGGACACUCUUGAAGGCGACAACAUGUACACCUGCUCCCAGUGCGGCAAGAAGGUCCGCGCUGAGAAGAGGGCGUGCUUCAAGAAGCUUCCGCGGAUCCUGAGCUUCAACACCAUGAGAUACACCUUCAACAUGGUGACGAUGAUGAAGGAGAAGGUCAACACACACUUCUCCUUCCCGCUGCGCCUCGACAUGACGCCCUACACCGAGGACUUCCUCAUGGGCAAGGGAGAGCGCAAAGAGGGUUUUCGGGAAGAAGGAGAGGCAAAAGUCACGGAGAGCUACGAGUACGACCUCAUCGGAGUCACGGUCCACACGGGCACAGCAGACGGCGGCCAUUACUACAGCUUCAUCAGAGACAUCGUCAACCCACACGCCUACAAGAACAACAAGUGGUACCUGUUCAACGAUGCCGAGGUGAAGCCCUUCGACUCGGCCCAGCUGGCCUCUGAGUGCUUCGGAGGAGAGAUGACGACUAAAACCUACGACUCCGUCACAGACAAGUUCAUGGAUUUCUCUUUUGAGAAGACACACAGUGCCUACAUGCUCUUCUAUAAGCGAGUGGAGCUGGAGGAGGAGAACGGGAAGGACUUCAGUUUUGACGUCUCUCCUGAUCUGCUGGAGUGGAUUUGGCACGACAACAUGCAGUUUCUCCAGGACAAAAAUAUAUUUGAACACACUUACUUUGGUUUCAUGUGGCAGCUCUGCAGCAGCAUCCCUAGCACGCUCCCCGACCCUAAAGCCGUCUCCCUCAUGACCGCUAAGCUCAGCACAUCAUUUGUCCUCGAGACUUUCAUCCACUCCAAGGAGAAGCCCACGAUGCUGCAGUGGAUCGAGCUCCUGACCAAACAGUUCAACAACAGCCAGGCCGCCUGCGAGUGGUUUUUGGAUCGAAUGGCGGAUGAUAACUGGUGGCCGAUGCAGAUCCUCAUCAAGUGCCCCAAUCAGAUAGUCAGACAAAUGUUCCAGAGGUUGUGUAUUCACGUGAUCCAGAGGCUGCGUCCCGUUCACGCUCACCUCUACCUGCAGCCCGGCAUGGAGGACGGCUCUGACGAUAUGGACGGUCCGGUGGAGGACAUCGGGAGUCGCUCCUGCGUGACGCGCUUCGUGAAGACGCUCCUGUCCAUCAUGGAGCACGGGGUGAAGCCGCACAGCAAACACCUGACGGAGUAUUUCGCCUUCCUCUACGAGUUCGCCAAGAUGGGAGAGGAGGAGAGUCAGUUCUUGUUGUCUCUUCAAGCCAUUUCCAUCAUGGUGCAUUUCUACAUGGGAACCAAAGGCCCGGAGAAUCCUCAGGUGGAGGUGCUGUCGGAGGAGGAGGGGGAGGAGGAGGACGAAGAGGAGGACAUCUUGUCUCUGGCUGAGGAGAAGUACCGUCCUGCUGCUCUGGAGAAGAUGAUCGCGCUCAUCGCUCUGCUGGUGGAGCAGUCGCGCUCAGAGAGACACCUCACUCUGUCUCAGAGCGACAUGGCGGCGCUGACGGGGGGGAAAGGCUUCCCCUUCCUGUUCCAACACAUCAGAGACGGGAUCAACAUCCGGCAGACCUGCAACCUCAUCUUCAGCCUCUGUCGCUAUAACAACCGCCUCGCAGAGCACAUUGUCUCCAUGCUCUUCACCUCCAUCGCCAAGCUGACUCCUGAGGCUGCCAACCCGUUCUUCAAGCUGCUGACGAUGCUGAUGGAGUUUGCAGGCGGACCCCCGGGGAUGCCCUCCUUCGCCUCCUACAUCCUGCAGAGGAUCUGGGAGGUGAUCGAGUACAACCCGUCCCAGUGUCUGGACUGGUUGGCGGUUCAGACUCCGAGGAACAAGCUGGCUCACAGCUGGGUUCUGCAGAACAUGGAGAACUGGGUGGAGCGCUUCCUGCUGGCGCACAACUACCCCCGAGUCCGCACAUCGGCGGCGUACCUCCUGGUCUCCCUGAUCCCCAGCAACUCUUUCCGUCAGAUGUUCCGCUCCACGCGCUCGCUGCACCUGCCGACCCGCGAGCUGCCGCUGUCGCCCGACACCACGGUGGUUCUGCACCAGGUGUACAACCUGCUGCUGGGGCUGCUGGGCCGCGCCAAGCUGUACGUGGACGCCAGCGUGCACGGCACCACCAAGCUGGUGCAGUACUUCAGCUUCAUGACGUACUGCCUCAUCUCCAAGACGGAGAAACUCAUGUUCUCCGGAUACUUCAUGGACCUCUGGAACCUCUUCCAGCCCAAACUCUCGGAGCCGGCCAUCGCCACGAACCACAACAAGCAGGCUCUGCUCUCGUUCUGGUACAACAUGUGCGUGGACUGUCCGGAGAACGUGCGUCUGGUGGUGCAGAACCCCGUGGUGACGAAGAACAUCGCCUUCAACUACAUCCUGGCCGACCACGACGACCAGGAGGUGGUGCUGUUCAACCGCGGCAUGCUGCCCGCCUACUACGGCAUCCUGAGGAUGUGCUGCGAGCAGUCGCCAGCGUUCACCCGCCAGCUGGCCUCACACCAGAACAUCCAGUGGGCCUUCAAGAACCUCACGCCACACGCCAGCCAGUACCCCGGCGCGGUGGAGGAGCUGUUCAACCUGAUGCAGCUGUUCGUGGCUCAGAGAGCCGACAUGAGAGAAGAAGAGCUGGAGGACGUGAAGCAGUUCAAGAAAACAACGAUCAGCUGUUACCUUCGCUGCCUGGACGGACGCUCCUGCUGGACCACGCUCAUCAGUGCCUUCAGGGUUCUGCUGGAGAACGACGAGGACCGUCUGCUGGUCGUCUUCAACAGAGGACUGAUCCUCAUGACCGAGUCGUUCAACACUCUGCACAUGAUGUACCACGAGGCCACGGCCUGCCACGUCACCGGAGACCUGGUGGAGCUGCUCUCCAUCUUCCUCUCCGUGCUCAAAGCCACGCGGCCAUACCUGCAGCGCAAAGAUGUGAAGCAGGCUCUGAUCCAGUGGCAGGAGAGGAUCGAUUUCGCCCACAAGCUGCUCACUCUGCUCAACUCCUACAGCCCCCCCGAGCUGCGCAACGCCUGCCUGGACGUUCUGAAGGAGCUGGUUCUGCUGAGUCCUCACGACUUCCUGCACACUCUGGUUCCCUUCCUGCAGCACAACCACUGCACCUACCACCACAGCAACAUCCCCAUGUCGUUCGGCCCCUACCUGCCCUGCAGAGAGAACAUUAAGCUGAUGGGAGCCAAGAACAACAUCCGCCCCCCCAGACCAGAGCUCAACAUGUGUCUACUUCCCUCCAUGGUGGAGAGCAGCAAGGGUAAGGACGAGGUGUACGACAGGAUGCUGCUGGACUACUUCCUGUCGUACCAUCAGUUCAGCCACCUGCUGUGUCGCGUCGCCAUCAACUGUGAGAAGUUCACAGAGACCCUCGUCAAACUGAGUGUGUUGAUAGCGUACGAAGGACUUCCUCUGCACCUCGCCAUCUUCCCCAAACUGUGGACGGAGCUCUGUCAGUCUCAGUCGGCUCUGGCUAAGACGUGUGUGAAGCUGCUGUGCGAGGACCCGGCCUUCAGCGAGUACAUCAAGUGCAUCCUGAUGGACGAGAGGACGUUCCUCAACAACAACGUGGCGUACUCCUUCCUCACGUGCUUCCUGCACAAGGUGCAGGUGCUGUCGGGGCCCAGCUGCUCUAACCUGAUCAGUGUGUUGGUGACGAACCUGCUGAGCGAGCAGAGCAGCCUGCAGCCAGAACUCAUCGCUCACCGCCUGGAGCUCAGCAAGACCAGCGGCCUGCUGAACGCUGACCUGAGGGCGUUGGUGCUGCUGCUCUCCGUCUCCCCCCCCCAGGCCGUGGACCCGGCGCUCGGCCCCGCCCUGCAGGAGCUGCUGGCUCGAUGCAGAGUGUGUGUGCAGCAGCGCAGCGCUCUGGAGCUGGAGGCCAAGGAGCACAAGGCCAAAGCCGAGGAGGAGGGAGCGACUCCAGUGAAACGUCGCAGGGUGAGCAGUGAAGGGGGGGAGACGGCUCCUCCCUCCCUCCCCUCCACCUCCUCCUCCCUCCCUCCUACCUCCUCCUCCCUACCCUCCACUUCCUCCUCCCUACCCUCCACCUCCUCCUCCCUCCCCCCCUGCAGCGAGGUGAAGCCCGAGCAGCAGGAGGCUCUGACGUCGGACACGGAGACGAGAGACUCCUCCUCCCUCAUCGACCCCGGCACGGAGCAGGACCCCCCCUCUCCCUCCCCCGAGCCCGGACCCCCCACUGCCUCCUCUUCGGGAAACAACAUGGACUCCUCCCCCAAAGAGGAGAAGAUGGAGGCGUCUUCGUCGUCCUCUUCCUCUUCGUUCUCCUCCUCUUCGUCGUCCCUGCUUCAGGAGGCGGGGGAGGAGCCUGAGAGACACAAUGAUGAGGAGGAAGAGGGGAGGAGAGGUGAGGGCCAAUCAGAGGAGGUGCAGGAAGAGAAGGAGGCGGGAUCUAAGACCAGCUUAGCCCCGCUCCUUCCUGAGGACAGUGCCGCCGCCUUCCCAUCAUCCCUUGGGCUUGUGGGGGAGGGGCCAGAGGGCUGCAUAGGCCCCGCCCCCUCCUCCUCUUCCUCCUCCUCCUCUUCCUCCCCGCAGGCGUUCCCGGGCGCCUCCUCCCCCCCCGACAUGCUGGACAUGCUGUACAGGACGGUGGAGGCCACCAUCGCCAUAGUUACCAAACUGUCUGUUAAAGGCCCGCCCACUUCAUGACAUCAUCACCUCACCGCCGUCAUGAGAUCUUAAACUCCUCCCCCUUUUCUCUCUUCCUCUCUGGAAAUCUGACUUUUCUGCUCAGAGGAAAAAAAAAACGUUUCCGGUUUUUUCCCUGUUUUACUUCCCGCUGUUCCCGCGCUGCUGAUGUUCAGUCGCUCGGUUCUCCAGCUUCAGUGGCGCCCGCCGUGUUUCGCUCCUUAAAACUUCACGCGCUCCCCGUUUGAAAACAGAAAGUCGUUCAAAAGCUACAGCACAUUUUUUUCAAAGGGCAAAAAAAGAAACGUUUCGUUGUUUUUUUUGUGUGUUUUAUACUGAUUUGAAUUUGUUUUGGAAAUGAUUUGUUUGUUUGAGGUUUGCUGUAACGGGGAAAGGUUUACAGAACUUUUGUCUCCUGUAUGUAAUUUAAUUUUAUGGCAUUUUUACUGUGUAUAAAAAUGGUCGUUCUCUGUGCCAGUUUUGUACUUUAUGAACGAGGCAGGUGAAAGUUGCCUUGACUCUUUCUGUGGUUUAAAUAUCCAGAAACUAAGUUUACCUGUAAAUUAAGAGAACCACAAGAAACUUGAUUCUGUAAAGAAUCCUCUCUAGUCAUUGCCUGAAGGUGUAUAUGAAAACUAUAUAAAUAUAUAUAUAAAUAUCUUUAUAUAUAUAUGAAUAUAUAAAAGCGGUGCUUUAUUUGACUGUGGUUGUAAUAAAGCCCCCCCAUGUUGGACCAGCUGGAGCUUUUAUUUUGUUUACUGAAAUACAUUCCAUAAUCUAUGUUUCGCUUCUUCUGCUGUGCUCUGAUCUUCUUCUGAUUUUAUUUUAAUAGAGAAUAAAUGAAUAAAAACAGUUUUAAUAUGAA